AUGAAACAACAAGCAUCACAUGAAGUUCAGGCUGAAGAAAUGAAAAAUGAUGUUGCAGAAUGUGGAAUGGACAGAGAGCAGAAGAUCCUUAUUGCUGGAGGCUGGAAUGGGAAAAAACAUCUAAAUUCAGUGGAAAUGUUCAGUCUGUUAAACGCAACCUGGACAUCACUACAGCCAAUGAAAGAAGGUCGUUACAAAGCAUCUUCAGUUGUUCACAACAAUCAAAUUUUUGUCAUGGGAGGUUUGGGUCAGAGUGGAACAGAAAUCAAAUCAAUUGAAAAAUUAUCAUUGAAUGCUGUUCAAGUUAAUCAGUCCAUCACUUGGGAAAACGUUCUUGCUGAGUUACCUGAAGCAUUGUUUGGACACUGCAGUGUAGUUUAUAAUGGACGGUUGAUAGUGAUUGGAGGUUCUGAUGAUAGUAAAGACGCAUAUUGUGAUAGUAUUACUGAGAUUUCCCUUGAUCCACAUUAUACCAGUAAACUGUUGACUACCAUGCCACAGGCAAGAUAUCAUCAUGGUGUUGCAAUGUUUGGUGACAAGAUACUGAUUCUUGGAGGUAGGGUAGCUUUGCUUGUUCAUACAAACCUUGCAAGUGUUUUGUUGUAUGAUAUUACUAAGAAUGAAUGUAAGGAAUUAGCAGCCCUCCCCUACCCCGUGUCUGAAAUGGCCACAGUCAAGUGGGGUGAUGACAGUGUGAUCAUAGUGGGUGGUGUUGACAGUAACAAUCAACCAUUAAACAAAGUUUUAUUAUACAACAUCAAGACCCAGAAAAGUCGUAGGUUACCAGACAUAAAGUAUAAGAGGAGAGGAUGUGUGGCUGCAGUUGUCAGAGACACUGUUAUUGUCAUAGGAGGCCGAAAUGAAAGAAGAAAGUACUUAAAGUCUGUAGAAUGUUUUCAAUUUGAUCGCUAUAGCUGGCAAGAACUUCCUGAAAUGCAUAUAGCCAGAGCCUUCGUUACUGCAGUUGUAUGUUAA